CUUAAAUAAUUUCUAAUUACAAUAAUAGUAAUAAUAAUAUAAUACUGAUAAAAAAACUCGGAUCAUCAUCACCAUUCCAUAUAUAAAAGAGGUAAAUCUGUACACGAGUUUGUGAAUUAGUUGGAACUGCUUAGCUCUUCAUUUCUAGUGAUAGCAAAGAUAUGGCAGAUAGCAAUUGCAGUGAUCCAAACAGAAGGCGUAAGAAUCAAGUAAAAUAUACUUCGCCAAAGAAACGUGGUGAAAUUGGUCGCUAUGUGGGAAAUCUGGAGUCAAAUAGUAGAAGGGCAUCUGGAGCUAAAAGUUUUGAAGCCAAAAGGCAAAAGAAAACUGAUGAUCGAUCACAUGAUACCAAUGAUUUGGCCUCCGGAGAUGUAGCUACCGCCAGCGGUAAUUCUGAUACCACUUUUGAAAAAAAAAAAUCUUGUAAGAACCCAUCUGUCAUUUUGAGCAAGUUGGAUUUGAAAAUGAGUCCAUGUGCCUUUUGCCGUUCUUCGGAGAAGACUGAGGCAAGUGGACCAAUGUUAGCAUAUGCCCAAGGGAAGGAAGUGGCGGGCAAUGUGGCCAACUUCUCCAAGGUUAUACAUGUUCAUGAAAGGUGUCGUAACUGGACUCCUCGAAUUUUUUUCAAGGAUGGACUUAUCCAGAACUUAGAAUCAGAAGUGAGAAGGGCUAACAGGCUAAAAUGUAGCCGGUGUACUAAAAACGGAGCUGGUCUUGGUUGCUACAUGGAAACUUGCACAAAAACAUACCAUGUGCCAUGUGCAUUGGACAUUUGCAGAUGGGAUAGUGAUGACUAUUUGAUACUGUGUCCAAUCCAUACAUCGUGCAAAUUUCCAACAGAAGUAAUUUCAAAACCCCGGAAGCAACGCAUUAAGAGCAAAAAAUCUAAUAAGAAUUUGAGUUCCCGCACAACAUUGUUGGAUGCUGGCAACGAUUUGGUGUUUUGUGGUUCAGAUCUUUCCUCAGAUGAGAAGUUAUCUCUUGUUGAACUUGCAAGUAGUAAUGGGGCAGUAGUAUCAAAGUACUGGAGAGAUAAUGUCACCCAUGUCAUUGCUGCUACAGAUUCAAAUGGUGCUUGCAUAAGAACAUUGAAAGUUCUGAUGGCCAUUUUGAAUGGCAAAUGGAUUGUUAAUAUGCAAUGGGUAAAUGCUUGCAGGGAAGCAGGACAUCCUGUGAAAGAAGAACCGUAUGAAGUUCAGCUAGAUAACUAUGGCUGUUCUGGCGGUCCCAAAGCAGGGAGGCUAAGACUCAAAAAUAAUGUUCCAAAACUUUUCAACAACAUGAAGUUUUACUUUGUAGGAGAUUUUGUAGAAGCUUAUAAGUCUGAUUUUACAAUUUUGAUUACAACUGCUGGGGGCAUAGUUAGCAAGACCAAGGAGCAACUACUGUCAUCACUUAGUUAUGCAUCUACAGGUGUGAAAGUGAAUCAAGUAACUUUGGUCAUUUACAAUGCUGACACUUCAGAUUGUUCUUUGUUUCAAGACAAAGAAACCACUAAAUCUCAAAGAUUAGCUUCAGCACAGGAUAUAGCUCAAGAAUAUGCGGCUCAUGUCGUUGCGCAUACUUGGAUUUUAGAAUCAGUUGCUGCUUGUAGUUUACUGCCUUUUACAUCAAGGGCCUGACAAGUGACAAUAACUCAGUCUUAAGGUGCCUGGAAUGUAUGUUGUAUCAUUUUUUGGGAAGCGUCUUUUUCUUACCUUUUCUUGAAGACAAUAGAUACAAUUUAUGAGCAAGCUAAGGGAGCUUUUGUUAGAUGUUUUGUCUUGUGGACAAGGUUGGGCUUCUUAAUCUUGUGAUCGGUUAUAAAAUGAAGCAUGACUGGAAAAGAAUGAUAAAUUUUAUCAGUAUGUUUUGUGAGUUUAGUGUAAA